CCAGAAAUGUCUUUGGUGUGUGUGGCAGACUUUGAGGCACGUGCACAAGAGUUGCUAUCUAAGUCAUCGUGGGACUUUAUUGAAGGAGAAGCUGAUGAGGGCAUCACAUACAAGGAAAACAUUGCAGCAUUUAAAAGAAUCCGCCUCCGCCCCAGAUACCUGAGAGAUGUGUCAGAGGUGGACACCAGAACUACAAUCCAAGGGCAGGAGAUCUCGGCCCCCAUUUGCAUCACACCCACGGCUUUUCACUCUAUGGCCUGGCCAGAUGGAGAGAGGAGCACAGCCAGAGCUGCUCAGGAAGCCGAUGUCUGCUAUAUCACCAGCACUUAUGCCAGCUGUACCCUGGAAGACAUUGUUGCUGCUGCCCCCAGAGGCUUCAGAUGGUUCCAACUCUAUGUGCAGUCAGAUUGGGAGCUCAACAGGCAGCUGAUUCGGAGAGUAGAAGCCUUGGGUUUCAAAGCUUUGGUGAUCACUGUAGAUGUACCGAUACUUGGCAAAAGGCGAUGGAAUAUAAGAAACCAACUGAAUUUAGAGGCAAAAGUAAAACUCACGGACCUCCGAUCACCUAAAGAGAGAAAUUCCACACUAUCUUCUCCCACGUCUUCUCCAAGUGCAUCUUUCUGCUGGAAUGAUCUCUCCUUGUUUCAGAGUAUGACUCAAUUGCCCAUUAUCCUCAAAGGGAUUUUGACAAAAGAGGAUGCAGAAUUAGCAGUGAAACACAAUGUCCAAGGCAUUCUUGUUUCCAACCACGGUGGGAGGCAGCUUGAUGAGGUUCCUGCUUCAAUUGAUGCUCUGACAGAAGUGGUGGCCGCUGUCAAAGGGAAAGUUGAAGUCUACAUGGAUGGUGGGGUUCGAACUGGCAAUGAUGUGCUGAAGGCACUGGCCCUUGGGGCUAAGUGUGUUUUCAUUGGGAGACCAAUCCUCUGGGGCCUUGCCUACAAGGGUGAACAUGGUGUUAAGGAAGUUUUAAAUAUUUUAAAAACAGAGCUCCACAGGUCUAUGACCCUUUCAGGCUGCCGAUCAGUUGCUGAGAUCAGUCCAGACCUGAUUCAGUUCCCCAGAUUAUAAAGAUCUACUGAGACUGCCUGCAAGGGGAAGACCAGUCUUCAACAUGGUGUGCAAUGCUAUUGUUCUUGUACCCCAUCCUAUCAAGUAGUUUGAGUCCUGCACCCUCAAAAAGAGAGAGGGAUGGCUAAAAGAUAACUAACAGCUCCCACUAUGGUACUUUUU